AUGUCGCGACAGCGUCCCACGUCAUCCUCAUCCCCCGCUGUUGCCAGUAACGGAGGAGUCGACACCAAGAUGAAGGAAAUAACAAACGAUGACCGCCACUUUUCCAUGCUCCGGUACUACCCCAGACUUCCCUGGUAUCUCUCGCCCUAUCGCGGUGCUGCCCGUGGCGGCUUGCUGUCACAGCUUCACGCUGCAGACUUCAUUACUGAACUAAAUGGCUUCUGUGGCAUCAUGUCGGUGUUCACCUCACUGCGGUACUGUCUCGGCGAACCUUCCGACCUAACAAACAUCUGGAUCGCUCUCACCUUUAUGCCAUUCGGUCUCUUCUUCGACUUCAUGGACGGAAGAAUCGCUCGGUGGCAGAAGAAAUCAUCUAUGCUUGGCCAAGAGCUCGACUCUCUCGCUGAUUUGAUCUCUUUCGGCGUUGCGCCUGCUUCUUUAGCCUUUGCCAUCGGAUUUCGCAGUUUCCUCGACACUGUCCUAUUAUCCUUCUUUGUGCUUUGUGGACUCUCUCGCCUGGCUCGUUUCAAUGUUUCCGUCCAGUAUCUCCCAAAAGAUGCAUCCGGAAAGUCAAAAUACUUCGAGGGAACGCCCACGCCAACAUCCCUCGGCUUGAUGGCCAUCGCGGCAUGGUGGGUUAAGAAUGAAUGGAUCUUAGAGAAUUUGCCAUUGGGAGUCAUCCUUAAAGGUACAAAUCUGGAAUUUCAUCCUGCAGUCCUUUUGUUUGUGGCUCACGGCUGUGCUAUGGUGAGCAAGAGCCUGAAGGUUCCUAAACCUUAG